GUUAGGGCGACAGUCCUACGUUUAAAAGGGCUCAGAUAAUAAGCUGUUCAAGGAUGUGAGGACUUACUAUCCCCAUGUUGAAAGGACAAAGACCACCUACAGAACUAAGCCAACCUCAGCAGGAACCUAACGCAAUUGGCAUCGAAUUUCAAUGUGACCUACACGCCGAAAGGAUUCAUUUAGACUAUACCAGCCAGAAUAUAGCAUGAGCUUAAAAGAAUGGCAACUUGGUAUGAACUUUGAACUCUUAUUCACUCCAGAAGUAAUACCGUUGAUUUAGCAGCAGUCGCUAAACGUGGGAUAGGAGAGGACGGACAGAGUAUCCAUUCUACCACGCUCCAGUUCACCACUAGACAUUCUUCAGAGGACCAGAGAUCCAUAAAGGACAAACCAGCCUUCCGUCGAUGACCAAUCUACCGAAGCGCAGCUCAGAUAAUAUUUUAUUCACAAUGAGCCAUUCAAUGGAGUCUGCAACUCAGAUCAAAAAGUGGACGAAGGAAGAAGUUCAUCAGUGGUUGACGACGCAGGUUAACAUUCACCACAUAUAUGCAGACAAGUUGCUAGAAGAGGAGGUAUCAGGGGAAUACCUAGAAUACUUCCAAAAGAAGGAUCUUCUGGAUCUGAACAUAAAACAUGGUCCGGCUGUGAAAAUUGUGUCAAUGCUUGAGGAUUUGAAGAGUGGAUUACAGCAUAAAUCACAAUUUCCUGCAUACAUCAAGAAAUGGACACCAGAACAAGUUUGUCAGUGGUUAAGGGAAGAGGCGAAGUUAUACCACCAAUAUGUAGAGCGGAUUUUGGAAGAGGAAGUGUCAGGCGAUUGCCUGUUUUGCUUCAAAAAGAAUGAUCUUGUGGAACUAGGCAUUAAACAUGGUCCUGCUGUUAAAAUAAUAGGCAUGCUAGAACAGUUAAACAAUGGACCAGAGCCUAUAUUACAACCCCCCACACACAUCAACAGUGACCAAGAAAAUCUACAGAAACCACCUGAGAAUCAAGAAGAACUAUGUCAAACUCUACCGGUUCAGACUGUAUCCCCCAUGAAGACAGAACCAAAAACUGAAGAGCCCAGAAUAGUGGAACCACCAGGGAAAACUGUUACAAGAAAGAAAGAACCAAAACCACAGGCCAUGGGUGCAGAAAUGUUACCGUCCAAGAUGACAAGUUCACUUACCUUGCUCCAGAAUACCCUUGACGACUUACAGCAGGACGAGUUUAAACGGUUUAAGUCUUGUCUGAAAGACUUCAAACUGAAUGGAUGUAGAUCGAUUGCACGGUGUCACUUGGAAGACAACAAGAGCCGCACAGAUGUAGCGGACUCAAUGACAAAGCACUAUGAGGAAGAGACAUUAAAUGUCACACUUCAGAUUCUAGAGAGAAUCGGACACAAUGAACUUGCUGGCCAACUGAAAAGGGCUAUGGGUCUACAAAUGAUGAAAGCACAAGACGGCAAAAACAAUUUGAGGAGAGAGACCAAUCAGGGUGAUAAAUUGAAGAACUUGUUAACUUAUGGAGGAAAUAUGAUGGACUACUAUGAUCGAUUCGUUAUUGUUAUGAACAAGAGUCGCACUGAGCAACUAGAAUAUCUUCCAUUUCUGAGCAAGUUGAAAUUGUUCUGUGUCCUGGACUUUGAUCCUGACUCUGCAGCUCCUGGUGGCGUAUGCAGUUCAUACAGAGAAUCAAGAGUGGCAAAUCUCCAUCUCCCAGCCCAAUUCCAAGGCGAACCAAAUGUUGUGAUAAAAAAUCUCAACCUGUAUAAGCAGACCAGCUGGGUUUUUUGUAAUGGGAGGCAUGACCUUGAAAGUGAAUCUGUUAGACAGCUGGACUACAAAGUCUGGUUCAAGGAGAAACGCAAAGAGAUCGAGCAUAUGGUUUCAUUCAUUUGCAAACCUGAAGUUCUUCCAAAUGGAAGAACUCUUGUCAUAUUUCUUCUACUGUCACCUGUAUCUGAUAGAGAUCCCGUCUUUGAUACUUUCCUGGCAUUCUACUCACAUGCCGAGGAAAGCAUUGUGAGUAUUUGUGAAUCUAGGAGCACAUUUGAGAAAUGGAAAGACUUGAUACAGGAGAAAUGUGAGUCUGACAUCAGCACGCAAUCAAUAUAUGAGUUGACACUCAGUGAAGUCAAUGGUACUAUAAUGUCACUUGGACCACACAAUCAGCCAUCAGGAAGACUCCUUCCAUCUUCUGACUCCAGCACUGUUGUUCUCCAACAAAAGGAUGAAGACCGAUUGACAGCUCUAGACAUUUUGUGUCAGAAUGAAUGUGAGAAAGUCUAUGAAGAAAAUAGCACAGAGUUUAAAGCCUUCAAAAUCAAAGUAGAAAAGGAAUUCUACAGAGGGGGUAAAGUCAACUGGUGGAACUUCUAUUUUUGUGAGAAACGCAAAGCAAAACCUUUCAUUAGAAGAGACAAAUAUGACAAUCUCAUGAAAAUUGUGAAAUGUCAGACAAAAGAUCCCAAAACCACAUGUGUUUUGCUGAAUUUGUUCCACCACCCAGGUUGCGGAGGCACCACCUUAGCAAUGCAUGUGAUGUGGGAUUUACGCAGAGAAUUCAGAUGUGCUGUGUUGAAGGACAAUACAUUACCAAAAGCUGAAGUGGCUGUUCAAGUCAAAAAGCUGAUGAGGCUUGGGAAAAGUGACAAAUCUCAGAAUACACCAGUUCUGUUGUUAGUAGAUGAUUCAAAGGAAGCAGAAAACACACAAAAUCUGCAGACCUGCAUACGCAAAACUGUUGAAGAGGACUACACAGGCAGAACUGUGGAAGAUUCAUCAAAUUCACAAGUCAUCAUCCUGAGUUGUGUUCGAUCCCAUAACCCCAAGGUCCAGUACAAACACUGUGCAACAGAAAGUCAGUACAUCACAGCUAUACUAACGAAAAAGGAACAAGAUGAUUUUGAGGAAAAACUUCAAGAACUUAAAGAAAGUCAUGAAAAACCGGAAAACUUCUACAGCUUCAUGAUCAUGAAGAGCAACUUUGACAAGAAAUACAUCGCUGAUGUCGUCAGCCACACUCUGAAGGACUUAGACACGAGCACCAAAAAAGCUCAACUACUUUUCUACUUUGCACUGUUGAACUCAUACGUGGCUGAAUCAGACAUAUCUGUGUCUCUCUGUGAGGACUUUUUUGGAAUGAAAAUGGCUUACUGGGGAGAAGACAAUGUACUUGAACGAAUGGAAUCUUAUUCAAAUUUGCUGAAAAUAGUUCAAGUCGAUGAACGUGGAGGAUACAAAGCAAUUAGCAUCCUUCAUCGUGAUAUAGCUUCUGCAUGUCUGGAAGAAUUGCACAAAAGCCACGGGAUUAAUGAGAGUGAAAUAACCAUCAACAUGCUACACUGUGAUUUGUUUUUCAAAAUUGGUGUAGUAAAAGACGCCCUGAUGCUAUCAAUCGAACGCUUGCUGAUUAAAAGGCAGCGCAGGAAAGAUGGAGAUGAAAAAGAUACUCAGUUCUCUCCCUUGAUAGAGAAAAUUCACCUUCAAGAGGGGAGACACAAAAUCCAAGACAUCUUUGUGAAAGCAUCAUCCCGUUUUUUUACAAGUGCAUCCAUUCCUCAAGCCCUUGCAAGGUAUCUCUACCUCAAUCAGCGUGAUUUUCCGCAGGCAUUGAAUUGGGCAGAAAACGCCAAGAGAAUCACUGAAAACCCAUACACUGUCGAUACGAUUGGACAAGUUUACAAAAGUUAUCUUAAACAUAACAUCCAGAAUGAAAAGAAAAAAACACCACGCAAUCCAGGGGAUUUGGAUACAAACCUAAAGCUAGCAAAAAAUGCUAUAAAGGCUUUUCAAAGAGCUCAAGAACUGGCCAUGAAUGAGGAUCAACCUGAUGAGGAAGCUGAUGACAAUCUGUCAAAAUCCUCAUACAACAUCUUUGGAUAUGUGGGGGAAAUUGAGACGGUACUGACAGUCUUUGAAAUCCUAAGCAAGCUGCCAUUCUUUGAAGAAGCUGAUCCAGUAACACAGAAGUACAUGCAAAGCUUUCUGAAUGGAAAAAUGCCCAUCAACAGCGUACCCAAGAACGACAAUGAAAUCAACAGAAAAUAUGUUGACAUUAUCCAAGAACACAAGUCUUUUCUCCUUAAUUUGAAAUCCCAAGUCAAAAAGGGUUUUGAAUUCUUAAACGAUUACUACACUUACAUGAAAGGAAAUGAUGCAGGAGACUUCGAGACAAGGAAUCGGACAAAAAUAUCAGAACACUUCAAGACAUAUAUAACACUUUUUUGUUCUUCACCAGAGGAAAUAUCGAAGGAACAAACAAGCAAGCCAAAACUUAGACUAAACAUGGACAUUGAAAAGUGUAGGAAGUUACUUGAAGAGAAGAACGCAGACACAUUUGCAGGGGUACUUCACCAUCUCGACAAGACUGCAGAGGAAAUGGAGGAAAUCAUUGAGUGCUACAAAUUUUUACAGCAAAAUUGUGAGCAAAUUACAAAAGAAAAAGACAAAAACAAUUUCAUUUUGGCAAAUAUAAUUCUCAGCAUACUAAAGCCAAAUUCGAGAAACGUGAAGAGUCACAAGGAACUCACUGAUCUUCUCAUGCUAACAUUGCAAGAUAUAGGAGUGCAACAUCCCUUCCCAGAGCCAUACUAUCUGGCUUUGUUGUUGCUUUGGCCAAGUUCAAAUGCAGAAGAUACAGAUAUAAGAACAUAUGUGAACUCACUUCGGAACUCCUUCAGACGGAAAUUGUCCAAGUUUAUGAGGAUGAGGAACACCAUUGCCCACUUCUACUUGGGCCAGAGAAAAGGAUUAGAAAGACUUGUUCCUAAAGCCAAACUUGAUGAGUGUUUUGCACACGUGGCACGCAAGGCACGCACAAAUUUGGCCCAACUUUGGCGAAGUGGAGACAUUUUUAAGGAUAAGAAAAUAAUUGACCGUCUCUGUAGGGUCAAUGGAACCAUGGAGGAAGGAGAACUUUAUGCUAAUUAUGGCAAACUUAAAAUCCCAGUACGUCCGGCAUAUCUGGGUGGAAUAAGCAGUGGUUUCAGCACUGAAAAGGUGUCGUUCUUCGUAGGAUUUGCCAUAGAUGGACCACUUGCAUACGAUAUCAAGUAUGAAUAGGCUAUGAGAAGCCCAUGUUAUAAAGGCCUCAAUAAUGAACUGCAUGCUUUGGUCCAAGAGUGUGGACCAUGGGGGAAGUAUGGAUAAACCACAACCUGACAAUCGAAAACAAGACCACAAUCUACAAAACACAUGCUCUUAAUGGAGGCAUGGAUAAUCAAUGCUAUGAAAGGAAACAAACAUCUUCAACCUGGUUACCUUUUGACUUGACGUUAAAACAACAUUUUAGGAGACAAAACACCCUUGUUGUAGUGAGGUCUGAUAUAUCUGGAAUGUAUUAGUUACACACAGCAUCAUUAACUGGGUGUUACUAACUAACAGUAAAUGCUAAUACGACAAACCUAGCAACGAGUACUAGCAGAUAGUAGCUCUGUGGACUGCAUGUUAAGGUACAAAUCUAAUGAGUUAUUAAAAAUAACUAAACUGGAUCACUGCCUGCCUGAUGUCCAUCAUGACAUGGUGUCAGUAUUAAAACAUUCCCAAAACUGAAGAUUGGUGAAGAUGUCCCACUCAAAUUCAACCCAGCAGAGCCGUUUGAUUGGCUGAUAGCCAUGGCUGAUCUGGAGACAAUGUUUUGGCAUCAAAACUGGACAAGGAGAGCAGUGUGGUGCGGAUAAAUUCAGUACUUUAUGCAAUUGGGAAAAAUGCAGAGAUAAUCAACCAUGACCUUUACCUUUGACUACAAUCAAUGAUGAGUUCGACUUUGAUGUGUUGACUGAAAAGCUGAAUGGAAAUUUUGUGCCACGGCACAUUGUGAUUCACCAUUGAACCAUGAACAGAUUUAGAAAGGGGGAGAGUCAAAUGAUUAAACUUUGAAGGAAUCUAGCUGAAUACUGAGCACUACAAAGGAUGAACAAAUACGGGAUAGGAUUGUAAUUAUUAUUACAACUAGAGCAUAUCAACAAUAAUUGUGAUAAUCACGCUAGCUUUGCCCUCGUUGGUCCUAGCAAGCAUACUAGGUAGUGUAUCAACAGCUAAUCCAGCAGGAGCUGGAAGCUACAGUAAGCUUCGAUUGGUCAAACAUGACAUCGCAGAGAAUUUGCAUAAAGUUCAAGUUUCCCCAACUUAGGUCCCGCCCUGUUCACGCUCCUUCGCCCAUGCUCGCAUUGCCCAACGGUCCCCCCCACCCACUUCGCUUCUGUUCAUUCUUUUCAGGGUCAGUUACAAAGCAGUCUAAUUCUGAUGACGAGUGACAUGUUGAGCUCCCAGUGAAUAGCACACAUUUAAGAUUGACACUGGUGCAGAUAUCACAGUGAUGUCUCAGAGCACUUAGCAGUGCUUGCGUCAGUGUCCCCAUCUGGUCAACACUGCAACUAUUGUUCACGUCCCAAGUGGCAGGAUUGAUUGCAUGGGUACAUUCCUAGCCACAUGUGAGUGAAAAAAGGAGAAAAGUACAAAUUCUGGACCACAUGCAAAUGUCCUAGUUAGUAGAACUGCAUGCAAGAUGGGUUUGGCCCUCAAAGCAGACGAGAUCAGUAUUGAUGUGUUUGGAGAGAGGGCUACUGAACUGUCUUGGAGGAAAGAGCGUCACAGCUAUCCGGGGCGAGAGUAAUUUACACACUCAACUCGUCUAGCGGUUUUUGGCAGAUACCACUUGACCCCAGCAACAGAACUGACGACUUGUAGGAAGGUAACUUACUCCUGUAGGAAGAUUCUGCUUCAAGCACCUUCCUUUGGGAAUAACAAGCGCGCCGGAGAUCUUCCAGAGGGAGAUGAGUAAGCUCCUGAGCGGACACGAGGGCGCAGUCAUCCCGAUGGAUGACAUAUUGUUCUACAGUGCAAACAAGAAAGAACAUGACAGGAAUCUGAGCAAAGUGCUACAAACCUUUUUAAAGAGUCGGGAAUAAAGCAGAACAAAAACAACUGCCAUAUUGGGAAGUCCGAGAUCCAGUACUUUGGUCAUGUGAUUGGAGCCGAUGGGAUGAACCCAGAUAACAGCAAAGUGAAAGACGUCACUGAGGUGUCCAGUCCAACAAAUGCUGGGACUGCUGAACUACUUGGGCAGGUUCUUGCCCAGCCUGUCAUCGGUGCUCCACCAUAUCAGUGAUGUAGGGAGACCCCCAGGAGCAGGCCUUCCGCAAGGUCAAGGCUAUGUUAGUUUCAACACAGGCAUUAGCAUACAACAAUGGCAGAAAACCAACCGUGGUCAGUGCGGACAUGAGCAGCUACGGUCUUGGAGCUACACUCUUACAGGAACAAGAAGGUGGUACAUUUUGUUCACGCACACUAUCAAAGAAUGGCAGGGUCAUGGGUAUGUGAACAAUUUCCCUCUACCUGCACGGCAUGGACAGCUUUAUUCUACAGACAGACCAUAAGCCACUCGUUCCAAUGAUCAACACGUACAACCUGGACAAAGCACCACUCUGGUGUCAGCGACUGCUCAUGCACUUCAAAGUGAAAGCUGUGCAUGUUCCUGGAAAACAGUAAGUGGUGGCUGACACACUGUAGAGAAACCCACUAAAAGAAAACACAUCAGACUCAGAAAAAGAAGUCCAAGCAUGGUGGAAAGCAGACCAGUGUCUACAGUCUACACACAGGCUGGAAAACACCAGAGAGGUGACAUGGAGCGACCGAGACCUCCAAAUGGUUAUCAGCCACAUCCGAAAAGGCUGGCCUGAGAGAAUACGCUAUUCUGCUACCCUACUCGCUACAGGGAUACCACACAGUGAGAACUGGAUGGACUAGUGCUGUAUCAAGACGGGAUCGUCAUCCCAGCUUCGCAAGAAGAAGAUGUUCUACAACCGAUACACAAAGGUCACAUGGGGAUGACAAAGUGCCCGAGAAAGACUCAAGUUGUCAAUGUGGUUGCCGGGCAUCAGCGCCUACAAAGCAAGAAAAGUGACAUCAUGCAAGUUCUGCACAGAGAGAAAACCAACUCGACUUGUCACAAUACCUUUAUUUAAAGGGUCUGUGGCAGAAGAUCACGGUUGACCUGUGUGGAGCUCGAAGGCAAUAAAUACCUUGUAGUGGUGGACUACUUCUCCAGAGACAUAGACCAUCUACCACAAGCCUCAAAAGCAUGGUUGUGUGAUGGGGGAUUCCUACCAAGCUCGUUAGCGACAACACUACGCAGUUUGUCUGUACUGAGUUAGACGAGUUAUAUACCUCCUCCAGCCUCUAUUACCCGCAGGAAAACAACUGCAGAAAAAGCUGUUCAAACAGUUAAACAAUUCUCAAACAUCCAAACCCACAUAUUGCCUUGAUGUGCUACCGGGCCACGCCUAUCAGUGGAACCGGAGAAAACCAGCACAACUCAUGACAAGACGUCAAAUCCGGACAACCGUCCUCACACUGGAAAAACUACAACCAAACACAUCAGCCACGAUAAUGUGAAACAUAAGUACCAGAAAGUCAAACAAGCGUACCCGUUCUUGUACAACAGGAGGCAUUCAGUGCACCCCUUAGCUGAACUAUACCCUUGACAGAGUGUAAAAGUCAAGCUGGACGGAGAGAAGGGAUGGAAAACAGAAGCAGUGGUCAUCAGCAAAUCUGCAGAGCUGAGAUCCUACGCUGUUGAAACUGAACAUGGCACUGUCGCUCAUAGAAACAGGCGACACCUUCAGGCUGUACCAGAGUCACCUACUCCAGACAGACAGCAACAGAACAACAAAGGAGUCACCCAGUCUACCAGUGAGGACAUCGCACAGGCACUGCCUGUGAGCCAGCCAUCUCCUACACCCUCACUCAGACCACCAUCAAGCCAGCAUCACCACAACCGGUGAGAAUGACCUCCAAAGGUUGAUAGGUAAAACUACCCCUGAGGUUUAGAGACACUUGAGAAAACAACAACAUUGAGACAAAAUACUAUUUUAGUUCCGAAAAGAGCAAAAAAAUACUUUUGAUUAAAAAAACUAAAAAGACAAGAGACAGCAGCUGUUGCAGGGCAGAAUAGUCCCUUUGUGGCUGCGGACAAACGGCUGUCUACCGCAGUGUCCUAGUUGACACAGUUAUGAGAAUUGUUCAUGUGAAGAACAAAACAAGGGGGGAAAAAUGUGCUUCUCUGAAAUACUAAUUGUUUGUACUGAAACAGUCCACGAUCGUGAGAAUUUGUACUAGGAAAGGAGAAUGUUAUUGACUUUUAUAUAUAUAUCUCAGAAACCGUAGCGAUGUCUGAUCUAUCUGGGAUUCAUUAGUUAGGCACAGCAUCAUUAACUGGGUGUUACUAACUAGCAGUGUCUGCUAAUAUGACAAACCUAGCCAUGAGUACUAGCAGAUAGUAGCUCUGUGGACUGCAUUUUAAGUUACCUGCCUUCUGAGUUAUUAAACCUAACUAAACUGGAUUGCUGCCUGCAUGGUCUCCAUUAUAGGAUACUUGUAGUAUAGGCUACUUUUUUCUGUUAAACAGCCACCAGACUACCAUGAAGGCAGAUGUUUUACUCUUCCAAUCCUCUGGGUUAUAUUUGGUAGACACUGCGAUUUAGUAAUACGGUUCAAUACUUCUCUCUUACUCAUUGAGACAAGAAUGAGAAUGAUGUGUUUUACUCAGUGUGCAUAAGCGCCAGCACCAAACAAGUGUUCUUACUGGGGAGAGUGACGACUAAUGAGGUUACUGCCAGAGUUCGACCUCAGAGCUGUAUAUACUUUGAGUCUCUAGUGUUUGGAGAAACAUCCAGUGAUAUUGGAAAUGCUGAUGCAAUGAGGAGUUUAAAUUUUAUAUAUAUAUAUAUAUAUAUAUAUAGUCCUUUCAAUCUGGAUGUUGAAGAAUGUAAAAUAUCUGUGAAGUUUACAUCCUGCCAUCCUGGGAGAAACCAGGGAAGUAACUGCAGGAAUGACGAAAGACUGUCAAGACGAGACAUUCUACGUGCUCCUGGAUGCAAUGUCCAGAAAUGCAGGAAAAUGCAUGUGAUGUCUAACAAGUAGAUUUGAGAAUGGAGAAUAAUGAAGCAUUGUGUGUGUGUGUGCAUUGUUAGUUUUGGCAUAUCAAGCCGAAAAAAAUGAAUAUGAAACGUUUUGUAUCAAGGUGACACUUAUCUUUAUGUUGCAGCAGGACUGUGAAUACACAUAUCUAUUGUAAAUAUCUCAAUUUAACAGAUAUUGUACAUGUUGUAACAUUGUGGUAAUCAAUGUAAAUAACUGUAGGACAAACCGUACAAUUAUGUAAUGAGCAUAUUGUAUUAUGAGAGAAACUCAUACGAACAACAAGUACAGUUGUACAGGUAGAGAGAGAUUCUGCAGAUACGAAGGCCUGAAUAUUGAAAUGUAUUGUACGGUACGUGUUAUUCUCUAAUAUUGUUGAGUUAUUUUGAUGGAUUAUAAACUAGAAUUGCUCCUGAGUAGAAUGGACUCCCUUUUGCUGCGACACAACGUACAGGCAAUUAUGUACUGUGCAAUAUGCAUGUCCCAAAAUGAAAAAUGUACUGGACACCGUGCAAUACGAAUGGGCUAAAUAACAAUGUGUUUAAAAUGUGUUUCCUAAAGUUUAUAAUUGUAAUAUUAUUAAUAAUAUUGUUAAUACUAUUAAGAAUAGCAUUGUUUUAUUUGUAUUACUGUUACUAUAAUCACUACUUGUAAUGCUGUUAACAAUAUUGUCAAUGCUAUAAUAUGAUUUGUGCUAUUAAAGGGGCAAUCAGCAGUUGUUACAUCCA